UAAUCCGAUGGGCUGACUUGUGGACUGACUGCUCGUCGGUGUCGGUCUCGGUCUCGGUGUCAUUGCCUAUAUCUCAUUCGGAUCUGUUCCGUGCUCUGAACCACGCUUAUUUUUCAGCUGUACUGCGUUCGCACAACAACGACUUUGUCGCCCAAAUCGAAUAUAUUACAAAAGUAUUUAAAAGUGCUAAAGUCUUUUAAGAUGUGCUAAAAAGUUUUGCAUAUCAAAAGCCAGAGAGGGUGCAAAUUAAUUGAAAUUUGCUUUUGCUCUAAAAAAGGUGCUAAAAAUAUUCCCAACGAGCUGUGAUUUACUUAAAUGAUGCGAUUCAAUUUCUCCAAUCACUCAACUUCGGAGGCGACGUCGGCCGGUGAGAAGUCCACACAGCCGCUGACGGCCCACAAACGACCGCUGACCAUCGAAGCGGAUCCAGACUCGCUGGACAGUGUCAUCAGUAAUCCGCAAUCGUUUCCCAUAACAAUUGUGCCGAAUCGACCCGCCAGUUUCUAUGGAUUGGCAGCAAAUGGCAAACCCUUCAAAACUCAGCCGAGCUGCAGAUCGCGCAACUUUCGACCGGGCAGCAUGCGAAGGGUGCGCAGGCGCGCUGUCUUCAAGAAUGGCGACUGCAAUGUGGUGCAGAAGAAUCUGCAGAGACGUCGCGUUCGCUUCCUGCAGGACAUGUACACGACGAUGGUGGACUGGCAAUGGCGCUGGACCCUGCUCGCCUUUGCGCUGAGCUUUAUACUCUCGUGGCUGUUCUUUGCACUGCUCUGGUGGCUUAUCAUGUACACACACGGCGAUCUGGAGGAGCUGCAUAUGCCCGAUAACCAAGAGGAGUCUGGCUGGUCACCGUGUGUCUCGGCCAUUGAUGGCUUCACCUCCUGCUUCCUCUUCUCCAUCGAGACACAACAUACGAUUGGCUAUGGUGUGCGUACCACAUCGCCCGAGUGUCCUGAAGCUAUUUUCAUGAUGUGCUUCCAGUCCAUCUACGGCGUGAUGUCUUCGGCCUUCAUGGCUGGCAUUGUGUUCGCGAAGAUGACGCGUGCAAAGCAACGGGCCCAGACACUACUCUUCUCCAAGCACGCGGUCAUUUGUCAGCGGGACGGUUCUCUGUCUCUGAUGUUCCGUGUGGGCGAUAUGCGUAAGUCGCAUAUCAUUGGAGCGGGAGUGCGGGCUCAGCUUAUACGUACGCGUAGCACCAAGGAGGGCGAAGUGAUGACCCAGCACUUUACAGAGCUGGAAAUUGGCACCGAUGAUUCGGGCUCAGAUCUCUUCUUCAUUUGGCCCAUGGUCAUCGAGCACAAGAUCGAUGAGAACUCCCCGCUUUACGAAAUGAACGCCACCGACAUGCUGCACGACAAGUUUGAGAUUGUCGUCAUAUUGGAAGGCACUGUGGAGUCUACAGGCCAGUCUGCGCAGGCGCGAUCCAGUUACAUCAACACUGAAAUUCUGUGGGGACAUCGUUUCGAUCCUGUUGUGUUGUACAACAAGGACUUGCAGGCCUACGAAAUCGAUUAUGCGCGAUUCAAUGAGACCACGCAGGUGGACACGCCGCUGUGCAGCGCGCGGGAGUUGAAUGAGAUCUAUAAAAUACAGGAGGGCUUCCGCACACCAGAAACCACCUUCACCAUGCGCCAAUUACCCCACAACUAUUCCGAUCAAGCGUCAUAAGCUUUUGUGUCGUCCAACAUUCCAUAAUUGUAUUUUGUUGCUGUAGUAUGUAGUUUGUUGUCCAUUGUGUUAUGCAAUCAGCUUUCUGUUCCAUGCACCCACCACCUUGUGUAAGUUGCUAUGAAAUCUCUUUGUGUAUUCAAAACAGCCAUCAACUUGGAGUCAUUUUAGAUUAAUUAUAAGCCCAAAUUAUGCCAAGUUAAAAGCGUAUAUUCCGUAUCAUUAUAAAGAAAGUACUUUAAGGCAUUUAAAACCAACAUAAAUAAACAAAUGUGAAGAGGAAAAACCAUUUCGCGAUUAGACAAAAGCUUAAA